AUAAUUCCGAUUUCCAAUCAUAAAAAAAUGGCAGAAAAAGGUUCAGUGGAGGAUUUCUUAGCGGCGGCGGUUGAUGCUGCUAAGCGUGCUGGGGAGGUUAUUCGUUCUGGGUUUUACGAGACAAAAAACGUGGAGCACAAAGGCCAGGUAGAUUUGGUCACCGAGACCGACAAGAAAUGCGAAGAACUCAUUUUCGAUUUUCUCAAAUUACAAUUUCCCGACCACAAGUUCAUCGGGGAAGAAACUACUGCUGCUUUUGGCACCACAGAAUUGACCGAUGAACCGACUUGGAUUGUUGAUCCGCUAGAUGGAACCACUAAUUUCGUUCACGGGUUUCCUUUCGUAUGUGUAUCUAUUGGGCUCACGAUUGGACGAAUUCCGACAGUUGGUGUUGUCUACAAUCCAAUUAUGGACGAGCUUUUUACCGCAAUUCGAGGCAAAGGUGCAUUUCUAAAUGGAAAACCCAUCAAAACAUCGUCUCAAAAUGAACUUGUGAAGUCCCUUCUCGCCACAGAGAUAGGCACAAAGCGUGACAAGUCUACUGUGGACGCCUCUACAAAUAGGGUCAACAGCUUACUCUUCAAGGUUAGGUCCCUUCGUAUGAGUGGCUCCUGUGCAAUAAAUCUAUGUGGGAUUGCCUGUGGAAGGCUUGAUUUAUUCUAUGAGCUCGGUUUUGGAGGCCCUUGGGAUGUAGCUGCUGGUGCUGUUAUUGUAACUGAAGCUGGUGGACUCGUUUUUGAUCCAUCGGGUAAGGAAUUUGAUAUUACAUCUCAGCGAAUAGCAGCUUCGAAUCCUCUUGUGAAAGAUGCGUUUAUCGAGGCAUUGCAAAAAUCAGAAUGAAGAAUUGUCGGUGAAAAAUAAAACGAGCUUCUAAACCAGUUGAGUUUUCUUGAAUUAUCUUCCGAAAAGCAUUAUUUAUAAUAAACGAAGCUUUCGGUUUUAUUUUCUGGUUCUCAUCCUUGGCUGAUGCCUACAUCUUAGUAUUUGUAAACUAUAUUAUGAUUAUUUCCCACCCAUACAAAAUUUCUUUUAAUUUUUCAGAAU